AUGGAACCUACUCAAGGUGGACAGCAGGGCAGACAGCAACAGCAGCAGCAGCAACAGCAGCAGCCUGUCUAUGAUGUGCGCAAUGGUGGUCACUAUGGUGCCAGCGCAACUCUUUCUGGACAAGGCUAUGCGCCCGUUCCUGAACUGUACACUGGAACUUGGGCAAAUGUAAAUCAAGGCCUGCAGGGCAACGCCCGUGAUAUCUUGACAACCUACUGGCAGCAUGUCAUUAAUCAUCUGGAGACUGAUAACCAUGAUUACAAAAUCCACCAGCUUCCUCUUGCUCGCAUCAAGAAGGUCAUGAAGGCUGAUCCGGAAGUCAAGAUGAUUUCCGCCGAAGCACCCAUAUUGUUUGCCAAGGGCUGUGAUAUCUUCAUCACCGAGCUUACCAUGCGGGCAUGGAUUCAUGCAGAGGAUAAUAAGCGCCGCACUCUCCAGCGGUCUGAUAUUGCUGCUGCUCUCUCCAAGUCGGACAUGUUCGACUUCUUGAUUGACAUUGUCCCCCGUGAAGAGGCGACCUCCCAUGCGAAGCGAUCGAGCCAGACAGCUGCAGCACCAGGCCCUUCGGUUGCCCCCGGACAGAUGCCCCCAUCUCAGCAUGGUGUCCAGACCCAUAUGGGCCCUGAUUACGGCUCUCUUCAGCAUGGUAUCCCCCAGGAUCAGGAAUAUCGUACUCAGCCUGCCAUGUAUCCGGGAUCAGUUCAGCCAGACCCGACAACUGCAUAUGGCCAGCCUCAGUCUCAAAUUUUCGAGGGGAUGUAUGGAUAUCCUCAUAUGCCCCCUCAACAGUGA